UCGACGUAAAGGAAGGCGGCGGCGAGGAGCGGCGCGGCGUGACCGAGUCCUAUAAGUGGUCGGCUUGGACCUACCCUAGAGGCCACCGGCGCGGGGAAGCCGAGGCGAUCGUGCAGGCAGGACCGAGCUGAUGGUCGUGCAAGAGAGCUGGGCUGGAUCCAGUCUCGGGGACAGGGUACAAUGAAAGCCUUUCAUGCUUUCUGUGUUGUACUUUUGGUGUUGGCAAGAAUCUCUGAAGCCAAGUUUGAUGAUUUUGAGGAUGAGGAAGACAUAGUAGAGUACGAUGAUAAUGACUUUGCUGAAUUUGAGGAUGUCACAGAAGAUUCUGUUACGGAAUCUCCUCAGCGGGUAAUCACCACAGAAGAUGAUGAAGAUGAGACCACUGUGGAGUUAGAAGGGCAAGAUGAAAACCAAGAAGGGGAUUUUGAAGAUGCAGAUAUCCAGGAGGGGGAUAGCGAGAGUGAGCCGUAUGAUGAUGAAGAAUUUGAAGGGUAUGAAGACAAACCAGAUAUUUCUUCUAGCAAAAACAAAGACCCUAUCACAAUUGUUGAUGUGCCUGCACACCUCCAGAACAGUUGGGAAAGUUAUUACUUAGAAAUUUUGAUGGUAACCGGACUUCUUGCCUACAUCAUGAAUUAUAUCAUUGGGAAGAAUAAAAAUAGUCGCCUUGCCCAGGCUUGGUUUAACACACACAGAGAGCUUUUGGAGAGCAACUUUACCUUAGUAGGGGAUGAUGGAACUAACAAAGAAGCCAUAAGCACAGGAAAGCUGAACCAGGAGAAUGAGCACAUAUAUAACCUUUGGUGUUCCGGGCGUGUGUGCUGUGAGGGAAUGCUUAUCCAGCUGAGGUUCCUCAAGAGACAGGACUUACUGAAUGUCCUGGCCAGGAUGAUGAGACCCGUCAGUGAUCAAGUGCAAAUAAAAGUAACCAUGAAUGAUGAAGACAUGGAUACCUAUGUGUUUGCUGUUGGUACUCGAAAAGCUUUGGUGCGGCUACAGAAAGAGAUGCAAGAUAUGAGCGAGUUUUGCAGUGACAAACCUAAGUCUGGAGCCAAGUAUGGACUGCCAGACUCCCUGGCCAUCCUGUCGGAGAUGGGAGAAGUGACCGAGGGAAUGAUGGACACAAAGAUGGUUCACUUCCUAACACACUAUGCUGACAGGAUUGAAUCUGUUCACUUUUCAGAUCAGUUCUCUGGUCCAAAAAUUAUGCAAGAGGAAGGCCAGCCUUUAAAGCUACCUGAAACUAAGAGAACACUACUGUUUACAUUUAAUGUUCCUGGCUCAGGAAACACUUACCCAAAGGAUAUGGAGGCUUUGCUGCCCCUGAUGAACAUGGUCAUCUAUUCCAUUGAUAAAGCCAAAAAGUUCCGGCUCAACAGAGACGGCAAACAAAAAGCCGAUAAGAACCGUGCCCGAGUAGAAGAGAACUUCUUGAAGCUGACCCACGUACAGAGACAGGAAGCUGCACAGUCUCGUCGUGAAGAAAAGAAAAGAGCCGAAAAGGAGCGAAUCAUGAAUGAGGAAGAUCCUGAGAAACAGCGCAGGCUGGAGGAAGCUGCCUUGAGGCGGGAACAAAAGAAAUUGGAGAAGAAGCAAAUGAAAAUGAAGCAAAUCAAAGUGAAAGCCAUGUAAAGGUCUUCCCAGAGAUCUGACUUCUGGAAGCUCUGAACUGACAGGAAACAUCAAAAGUACUGAUCCAUUUCUCUUAAAGUUCAGACACUCCUGAUGACUGAGAUAUUCGUAUUUCAUCAUCUAUUCUGCUUUUGGCUUGGAAUUGCAAAAAGGUUAUAGAUAAUAUUAGACUGUUUAGAUGAUCUUCCAGAUAAUCUAGUUGUUUUGAUUAUUUUAUAAGAGAAAUGAUAUUUGAAAUCUGUAUAGUUUUAAAAUAUUUUUAAAGUUAUACCGUGAAUCACCUGUGCUUUUAGUGCUUGGAUGUUUGAAGAAUAAUUACGAAAUUUAUAGACUGAUGCUUCUUUUUU